GUGUUUUUGAACCGGGGAAACUGACUAAGGAUGUUUGUUUGUGGUUGGCCAAUCACGCUUCUGCUGUUUCGCCUUUUCGGCUCAGUUACCCCAUCCCCUGUUUCCACUAACACACCCGCUCCACGUCUUCCAUCGCAAAUCUCACCCCCGUCACCCUUUCCAUCAAAUCUCCCACCUCUCCCUUCUUCUCUCACUAUCCCUCCCCUCACCAGCAGCCCUGGGGAGCCAGGAGGAAGACCCCACUGCCCUCUGACGUUGUCACCCUCCACUCUGGUGGUCAGGUUUGAAGAUCCAUUCAUGGCUAACUGCUCUGUAUCAGAGAUGGGUUUUUCUCUUCUGGGUUGGGAAGUCCCACUGGCAUCCCCUAGUGUCACUAUGGAUCGUUUUCUGGUCUGGCGCGUGGACAAGAUGACUGAGUGGAACUUCACGUCUACAUGCUAUGCACUAUCUGAACAGGGAGGACAAUGCCAAAUUAAUCUCCCUGUAACAGUCUACAAGCCUCCAGACCGCGUGUCCAUCAGCUUUGUUGAUCACUCUGGGCCGAUGUUUGAGGGCCGUCACUACACUCUGCAGUGUGAAGUACAGGACGUUGCUCCCGUUCAAAACCUCACUGUGACCUUCUACAGAGGACACACAGCUCUGGGUCAACUACAGUCCAACGACACAGAGAGGACACCAGUGACUAAGAUCUUCACUGUGGACAUCAUGCCCAGUAAAGAAGAUGAUGGAGUCCAGUACUGGUGUGAAGCCAAGCUGGAACUGGGACCUGAAGGACCGCAGCAUCCUCCGGUGGAGACAUCACAAAAACUCAAUGCCACAGUCCUCUUUGGUCCACACCUUAUUUGUCCCACAAAACUGCAGGUGAGAGAGGGAGAGAGCGUCAUCUUUGAGGUGAGAGGAAACCCUCAACCAUCAGUCACCUGGUUCAGAGAUGGGCAGGCGGUCGCCCUGCCCACUAACUCAAGCAGAAAGCAUGCUGGGAAAUACACAGUCUGGACAAAAGGACUGGGACAGAAAAACUUCACAGUGGAGGUGGAAGUCCUCGAAAACAGUGGAACCACAAACAGCUGUAAUAUAUUUUUCCUUCUGGCUGUCCUGUUUAUUCAGACGAUUAACCGGCUGUAGACCCUAAAAGAACCCAGCAAGGUCUGUGAUUUGUCUCUCUGUGCUGUUUGGAUGAACUGCUCCUGCUCCGAGAAAUGUUUGGAGACUCACUGCUUUGUGUCUCUCCUCUUUACAUCUUUACAUUCAACCUUUCAAAAAAAACAAAUAGGGAACAAUGAAGUUCUCUGCUUGAGAUCAUCUGCCCAGGUACUUUCUUCUGCUGUCUCCAUGUAAUGCACAACACGUACAUUUCAAGUCAUCAAAAAUCAUUCUCAUCUUGUACAACUUCAUAAUCCAACAGUCAUACUAAGCAUAGGUUUUACCUGCUUAUUUGUCUGUAAAUGUUGUUUAUGAAAUGUCUGAACCUUUGCUAAAUGUUAGUGUUUGUCCCGUGUAAAUGUGUGGCACUCUUCACUGAGGUCACGUUGUUUGCUGUACAUUAAAAUGAACUGUCAUGCAUCCAGCAGCACUACGUUCUUGCUUUAGACAUGAACUCCCUGUAGUUACAAAUAUGUGCAACACUUUAGUGCAACAUGUUUGAAAGUAUGUGACUGAAACUUCAGACCUGCCGACACCACAACCAAAACACAG